UUGCUCAAGAAGUACUGAAAUCUAUCAUGGAAGAAAUCGAUCAUGGAGUGCUCGGUUUGAUGGUCGAUGAGUCUGCAGAUGUUUCUAACAAAGAGCAAAUGGCUGUUGUCUUUCGGUUUGUUGAUAAAAGUGGAUUAGUAAAAGAGAGAUUUGUGGGAGUUACUCAUGUAAAAGAAACGUCUUCUUUAUCUCUGAAAUCUGCAGUUGAUGACUUGUUUGCAAAACAUUGGUUGAGCCUGAAACAAUUGAGAGGACAAGGUUAUGAUGGAGCAAUUGUGGCUUAUUUCAAGAGGAAAGAUAUGCUUCUUGAUAUGAAUCGAAAGAGGGUGGAGGAAGGGAUUGACAGUGGUGACAUUAACACUGGAACGAGACAAAAUCAAGAGAUUUCUCUUCCAAGGCCUGGAAAUACUCGUUGGGGUUCUCACUAUAUAACUUUGCUGCGUCUGGUUGAGUUGUUUCCUUCAGUCAUUGAAAUCCUUGAAAAGCUUAAUGAUCGAUUUACUGAGGUAAACACUGAUUUGCUUAUUUGCAUGGCUUCUUUAAGUCCUGCCAGUUCCUUCGGUGAGUUUGAUAAGUCAAAGCUGUUGAGAUUGGUUAAGUUCUAUCCAGAUGAUUUUAGCUUUGGAGAGCGUCUAUCUAUGGAACACCAACUUGGAAUCUAUAUUGACAAUAUAAGAAACGAUGAACGGUUUAAAAAUUUGAAGAAUCUUGGAGAUCUUUCUCGUCUGAUGGUGGAAACAAAAAAGCACCUUGUACAUCAUUUAGUUUAUAGGCUCUUGAAGUUGGUUUUAACAUUGCAUGUUGCUACUGCAAGUGUUGAAAGGUGCUUUUCUGCAAUGAAAUUAGUGAAGACAGCCACACGCAACCGAAUUGGAGACGAGUUUCUAAGUGAUUGUUUAGUAUGUUAUAUUGAAAAUGAGUUGUUUGAACCUGUUACAAACGAAACAGUGAUGAACCGAUUUCAAUCCAUGAGAGAGCGUAGGAUACAUUUGUAAGGAUUUGUACGGUUUUAUGACAAUGUUUUUUAUAUAUUUUAUCUAGUAGUUUUUUUAUUUCUGCCCCUAAUACAUAUAGUUUCUAGAUACGCCACUGAUUCCGCGGGCUAUCAGAUUCCAGUUCAUCGGCCCCAGCUUGUUCACAAGCCUCGUCAGAACAGCGUCCUGCUUCGUCGACCAAGGUCCCUUCGCUUUG